AUGGGUCGUCGAGCCUUCACAAACCCUUCCAAGGUCGAAAGCGAACGCGAGCGUGCGAGGAACCGGCGCUGUCGACAACAGCAGAGACAUCAAAGCCUGGUUCGUCAGGAGGGUUCUGCUUACCCUGGUAUCCGCGUGAUCAACUCUGUGCAUGGCCAGGUGCCACCUGAGGAUGCGUCGCGUAACAGUCUGAUGCACACUGGCACUGCAACUACUUUGCCAGCGUGCCAGACAGUACCUCAAUUACGGCCGUGGAUAGCCAAGAAGAAGCAUUAAAAGUGCAGCACCCCUAUCAAUUGCCUUAAUUAAACAGAGAGUUAGUUAUGCCAGUUAGCAGUAAG